UGCAGAAAUUAUAGAAAAGAAACGCAACCUUUACUUUGUUUCUAUUUUCUCUCUAUCACUCAUAAAUCUCCUCACGGCUGGCGCGGGUUGUUUCUCUCUCUAAAAAUUGAUCGCCACCGCAAGUCUGCUAAUUUAGUCGCCCCCCAACUCCUAAAGUUCAUCACCCACUUUAUACAAGCAGAGAAAGAGAUCGGCGACCUUUUUUUUUUUUUUUUUUUUUUUUGAAGUGAAAUUGCCAUCGUCGUCAUGGGUCAAGCUUUUCGGAAGCUCUUCGAUGCCUUCUUCGGAAACACUGAGAUGCGAGUUGUGAUGCUUGGACUAGAUGCGGCGGGUAAAACAACCAUCCUUUACAAACUGCAUAUUGGAGAAGUCUUGUCAACUGUUCCUACAAUAGGUUUUAAUGUGGAAAAAGUUCAGUACAAGAAUGUGAUGUUCACAGUUUGGGAUGUUGGUGGGCAAGAGAAACUAAGGCCGCUCUGGAGGCAUUACUUUAAUAAUACGGAUGGACUGAUUUAUGUCGUUGACUCUUUGGACAGGGAGAGAAUUGGACGAGCCAAGGCAGAAUUUCAGGCCAUAAUCAGUGAUCCAUUUAUGCUCAACAGUGUCAUCUUGGUGUUUGCGAACAAACAGGAUAUGAAAGGAGCUAUGUCCCCAAUGGAAGUAUGUGAAGGGCUAGGCCUGUUUGAUCUCAAGAACAGAAAAUGGCACAUACAGGGGACCUGUGCCCUCCGGGGUGAUGGCCUUUAUGAGGGCUUGGAUUGGCUAGCUAACACCCUCAAGGAGAUGAGAGCUGCUGGAUACUCUUCAGUGGGCACCUCAUCAUUCUAAUAGUUGAGGUUUAUCUGGGUUUUUUGGGACUGUUCAAUUGAUAAGAGCUGGCGAGUUGCGCAUCCAAACGACUGUAAUCAACUCUAAUCGGGGUUUUCCUGUCACUUAAUUAUAAACAGCGAAUUUUAUUAGGUGCUUAAUCGUAGCCUUGGUGCUCAGACUUGUAACUAAAUCCAUUGUAUAUUGUGCCAUCGAUCAAUAUUCUCUAGCAAUGUGUAUGAUUUGAAGCUC